AUGAUCAUGGAAUUUACAAGUGGAAACUACACCUUGGUCACCGAAUUUAUCCUGUUAGGAUUUCCAACACGGCCCGAACUCCAAAUCAUCUUGUUCCUUGUGUUUCUGACGUUAUAUGGCAUGAUUUUGAUAGGAAAUAUUGGCUUGAUGUUGUUAAUUAGGACGGACCCACACCUUCAAACUCCUAUGUACUUUUUCCUCAGCAACCUCUCCUUUGUAGACCUUUGUUAUUCCUCAGUCAUUGUUCCCAACAUGCUUGUCAAUUUCCUCUCAGCAAAGAAAUCUAUCUCUUACCUCGGCUGUGCGCUGCAGUUUUAUUUCUUCUGCACAUUUGCAGACACUGAAUCCUUUAUCUUGGCUGCUAUGGCCUAUGAUCGCUAUGUUGCCAUCUGCAAUCCUUUGUUGUACACAGUUGCAAUGUCCAGGAGUCUCUGCAUAUGGUUAAUUGUGCUGUCCUAUGUUGGUGGCAACAUGAGUUCUUUAGUUCACACAUCUUUUGCCUUUAUUCUGAAAUAUUGUGACAAAAAUAUAAUUAAUCAUUUCUUCUGUGACCUCCCUCCUCUGCUGAAGCUUUCCUGUACAGACACAUCCAUUAACGAGUGGCUACUUUCCACUUAUGGGAGUUCUGUUGAGAUUAUCUGCUUCUUCAUCAUCAUCAUCUCCUACUUUUUCAUCCUUCUCUCAGUCUUGAAGAUUCGCUCUACAAGUGGGAGAAAGAAAACCUUCUCCACGUGUGCCUCUCACCUGACCUCCGUGGCCAUCUAUCAGGGCACACUUCUCUUCAUUUAUUCUCGGCCUAGCUCCCUCUACUCCCCCAAUACUGAUAAAAUAAUCUCAGUGUUCUACACUAUUAUCAUCCCAGUGCUAAACCCAUUGAUUUACAGUUUGAGAAAUAAAGACGUAAAAGAUGCUGCCAAAAAAGCUCUAAGGUCUAAAAUACAAUCCCCAUGA